AUGCAUAAAGAAGAAGAUGAUCAGGAGAAUUUGGCGAAGCAAAAAGACGAAAAUGACCAGGAGAAUUUGAAGAAGAAAGAUGAAGGCAAAGAGAAUUUGAAGCAGCAGAAGGAUGAAGAUGGCCGGGAGAGUUUGAAGCAGCAGAAAGAUGAAGAUGCGGAGGAGAAAUUGAGGCAGCAGAAAAAUGAAGAUGGCCAGGAGAAAUUAAAAGCAGCAGAAAGAUGA